UCCACCUUUGUGAGCGACAACAAUCUCGACACGUCAGAAUAUAGUUUUGUUUUCUGUGCAGAUAUUUGCACAGUUGUCGGCCAGCAUUGGACAAAACUGGGAAGUACACGCCAGAAGCACACACUUGAAGCCAUGGCACAGAACGUGGCCCUGCUGGGACUGGCUCUGAUCGCGAUUUCCUCGGUUGUCGCUUUGCCCGUGACCCAGAACAAGAAGGAACCCAAGGAGGCGGAGUCCUCCACUCCGGCCACCGCCGACGUGGAAACGGCCCUGGAAUACGAGCGCUACCUGCGGGAGGUGGUCGAGGCCCUGGAGGCGGAUCCCGAGUUCCGGAAGAAGCUGGACAAGGCGCCCGAGGCCGACAUUCGCAGUGGCAAGAUCGCGCAAGAGCUGGACUAUGUGAAUCACCAUGUGCGCACCAAGCUGGACGAGAUCAAGCGUCGUGAAGUGGAGCGUCUGCGCGAACUGGCCAACCAGGCGUACGAGCUGUCCAACGACAUUGACCGGAAGCACCUCAAGGUCUCCCAGCAUCUGGACCACGACAACGAGCACACCUUCGAGAUCGAGGAUCUACGAAAACUGAUCCAGAAGACCUCCGACGACCUGGCUGAGGCGGAUCGCAAGAGGCGCGGCGAGUUUAAGGAGUACGAAAUGCAGAAGGAGUUUGAGCGAGAGGCGCAGAAAAAGGAGAUGGAUGAGGAGUCGCGUAAGAAGUUUGAGGCCGAGGUCAAGGAGAAGGAGCAAAAGCACAAGGACCACGAGAAGCUGCACCACCCCGGAAACAAGGCCCAAUUGGAGGAUGUGUGGGAGAAGCAGGACCACAUGGACAAGAACGACUUUGAUCCGAAAGCCUUCUUCUCGAUUCACGAUGUCGACAGCAAUGGCUACUGGGACGAGGCGGAGGUUAAGGCUCUGUUCGUCAAGGAACUGGACAAGGUCUACCAAAGUGAUCUGCCUGAGGACGACAUGAGGGAGCGGGCCGAGGAGAUGGAACGCAUGCGCGAGCACUACUUCCAGGAGACGGACUCAAACCACGAUGGCCUGAUCAGCAUCGAGGAGUUCAUGGUGCAGACCAACAAGGAGGAGUUCCAAAAGGACCCUGAGUGGGAGACCAUCGACCGACAGCCGCAGUACUCGCACGAGGAGUAUCUGGAAUACGAGCGCCGGCGUCAGGAGGAGGUGCAGCGCCUAAUCGCCCAGGGCCAGCUUCCCCCGCAUCCAAACAUGCCGCAGGGAUACUAUGCAGCACCACCACCAGGAGGCGUGGCCUACCAGCAGGCGCCCCCGCCAGGUGGACAACUGCACUACCAGCAACCCGACCAGGUACACGCCCAGCAGCAACAGCAAUACGCACAGCAGCAACAGCAAUACGCUCAGCAGUACCAGCAACAGCAGUACGGACAGCAGCCAGUGCAGCUGCAUCCCAACCAGGUUUAUCAGCACGCAGGGCAGAUCCCGCAGCAACAACAGGCUGGCUACCAACAGCAGCCUGUUUACCAACAGCAGCAGCCAGUCUAUCAGCAGCAGCAGCCAGUGCAACAGCAACAGCAGCCUGUUGCUCAACCACCCGCGCAGCAGCAGCAGUCUGUGCCACAACUACAGCAAACCGCACAGCAGCAACAGCAACCCGUACAGCAGCAACAGCCCAUCGUGCAACAGCAGCAGCAGCAGCAAACCGCUCAGCAGCAACCCAUACCGCAGCAGCAAGUCCACAAUCAGAGCCCUCCACCCGCUCAAAGUCAACAGGUGCCAGUCCAGCAGCAACAGAAACAACAUCAGGAAACAGCAAAUCAGGCUAACCAGCCACACUAAACAUUCCCUGGCUGAAACCUAUUUUAGGCCAUUUUAGCAUUUCAUACUUCUGGUAAAAAAAACAAUGUGAUUGGACUGAAGUAGCUCACUAUUAUCAAUACAUCUCACUAUGGCUAAAUUGUGUACUUCCUUCUUUUUGUACUCUUUGUCUCUCAUCCCAUAGCUCUGCAUUUGCACGAUGUAUUUUUUAAACGAAUUUUUUGUACAUAUGAGUUUUUGCUUUAACAUCGAAAACAUAAUAAAUGCGGUGAAACGAAA